AUGGGAUUAUCAUAUCUUGAUAUUGUUCAGUCUGUCUUUGAUAAAGUGACUAUUAAAAGCGAUAUAUUUCAAUCAACAUCAUCAAAAGUUCUUCAAUAUAAUAUAACACUUUUAGCUAUUUUAGCUAAACGAACAAAAAAUCGUACAAUGUUUAUACAAGAAAUAUUGCCAAAAAUGAAUGUUCUUUAUGAAAAUACAAAUGUUCUCAUUCGUGCAAAAGCAUAUACUUUAACUUAUGUUCUAUUAUCUACAUACAGUGAAAGUCUUUAUACAUUAAGUGAUACAAAACUUUUUCAAGCAAUUGAACGUGAUGUUCGUCGUACAUCAGCAGAUCCAGAUGAAAAUGAUUUAUUACAUGAAGCACUUAAUCGUUUAACAACACUUUUAUCAAGUCAUCUUAAUCGAAUAUUAGAUGAACUUUUAUCAUCUACUGAACAAACAAGAAAAACAUCAUCAGCGAAAGAUGCAUUUAAAAAAUGGUUACCAUCAUUUCGAUUAAUAUCAACUAUUAUAGGAAAUCAUUGUAUUCGUUCUCGUGUUGUUACAUUAAUGUCAAUUAAAAAAUUAUUUAAACUUUUUUCUAAUAUUAAACUAAUCGCUGAGUUAAACAGUGAAUUAACAAAAGGUCCAUCAUCAUUAACUGAAAUCAUAUCAUAUGUCUCUCAAACAUUAGAUGCAUUUGUUCGUGCACGUGAUCUUUUAUCAUUAUUUAGUGAGAUACUUCUUAGUGAUCUUCUUCCACUUUGUUCACAAUUACUUGUUUCAUCAAAUGUUGAUGAAUUUUCUCUAUUUGCUUUAUGUAUACUAAAUGAAUUAUUAAAUGAAUUAAAAUUAACUGAUUGUGUUUUACCAAUACAUAUACAACAUGACAUAAAACAAGAAUUAUAUCAAACAUUUUUACCAAUUAUAUGUGAUCGACAUAUAUUACGCGAAGAACCAAUUGCAUUACUUAGUUUACGUUUUAUUCAAACAAUAUGGACAUUAAUUGAUCAUACAUCUAGUUCAUUUUCUAUACUUUCACAAUCUAAUCUUAUAUCGAAUUUAUUUACUCUUAUAACACAAAAUAAAGAUAAAUCAACAGGUCCAUUUGUUCAAGGUAUUGUUUCUUGUUUAACAACAUUAUCUGAAAAACGAGAAAUAAUUCAAACAAUGAUUGAACAAGGUUUAGUAUCAAUACAACUUCAAUUAAUUCAAGAUCAAUUAGCUUUUACAACACCUGAUCGUACAAUGAUGAAUAUUUUACUUGAAUUAUUAUCUUUACUUGAUCGAGAUCUUACUUAUGUACUUGAUAUUGUUAAACGAGCAUUACAAGUUAAAAAAACUGGAACAGGUGAUUCUGAUUUACCAUCAAUAGCAGAAAAAAUAUUACAAGUUCAUAAACCUCUUGUUACUCUUGUUGGUCCAAUGAUUAAUUUAUUACCUAAUGACGAUCCAUCAAUUGCUAAAAUAGCUUUACAUAAUCUUUCUUUAUUAACUCAAUUGAUCGGUAGUGAAGGAAAAGCAAUUCUUAGUAAAAAUCAUUGUCAUAUAUUAGGUUCAACACUUCGAACAACGGAUACAACAAAACAAAAAUUACUUCUUCGUGCUUUAAAACGUUUAAUUAGUGGAGAUAAACGUAGUUUGGAUGUAGCUCGUUCAAAUACAAAUAAUGAACUUACUCAAACAUUACAACAAUUGAAAAAGUCAGCAGCAACGGAAGCUGAUGCCGGUCUGAUUUCGCAUAUUGAUGAUUUAUUACAUUUACUCUUGUAA